CACCAGCCUUCACAUUGAGCGCUGAGUAGUCGGUAGCAGUUCGGUCUGCGCAGCUCCCUGGAUGUGGCCAAUGGAUGCGAUUAAUUGUUUUUCACUUCAGCCUGAAAGCCAGAAAUACUUGAGCUUGCCUUGAUAAGUUUUUUAUUUUAUUUUAAAUCAAUCAGUUAGUGUUUUCAGUACAGUUCAGUUGUCGCCUCAGUGAGCUGUCCGGUGGCUCUUCCUCCAACUCCCCCCCCCACCCCCAGCUGGACAGAGAUGAGCAGUCCCGAUGCGGGUUACGCCAGCGACGAUCAGACCCAGGCAAGGUGUACGAUGUCAGUCAUGAUGCCUGGAAUGGGACACUGCCAGUGGGCCGACCCUCUCAGUCCUCUCGGGGACGCCAAAGUGAAGAACGAGCCGUGCGCGUCCGGCUCCGGUGGACAGAAUCGCGGGAAGAACGAACCGCGGAUCCGACGGCCCAUGAACGCGUUCAUGGUCUGGGCGAAGGAUGAGCGCAAGAGACUGGCGCAGCAAAACCCCGACCUGCAUAACGCCGAGCUGAGCAAAAUGCUGGGGAAAUCAUGGAAAGCCCUUCCUGUCACAGAAAAGCAGCCCUUUGUGGAGGAGGCCGAGCGGCUGCGGGUUCAGCACAUGCAGGAUCACCCCAACUACAAGUACAGGCCCCGGCGGCGGAAGCAGGUGAAGAGGAUUAAGAGGCUGGACUCUGGCUUUCUGGUCCACGGCGUGUCUGAUCACCAGGCCCAGUCCAUGCCGGGAGACGGCAGGGUGUGCGUGGAGGGCCUGGGCCUGGGCUACCACGAGCACGGCUUCCAGCUUCCUCCACAGCCGCUGAGUCACUACCGGGAUGCUCAGGCUCUUGGGGGCCCCUCUUAUGAGACCUACAGUCUCCCCACACCUGACACGUCUCCUCUGGACGCAGUGGAGUCAGACUCCAUGUUCUUCCCUCCACACUCACAAGAGGACUGCCACAUGAUGCCUGCGUACGCGUACCACCCCCAGGCGGCAGAGUACCAGCCCCAGGACCCCCACUCCAACCACCACAGCAACCCCAUCCUGCACCGACACACUGCCUCUGCUCCAGAGCAGCCCCCCCAGCCCGCUGCCCUCCCCCCUUCCUACAUGGGAUGCCCUAACCCCUUGGCCAUGUAUUACACCCAGCACUGCAGUCCAGGCCACCCGAAACGACACCCGGGAGGGGCGGGACAGCUCUCCCCGCCUCCUGACUCUCACCCUCACUCCGCAGACAGCAUGGAGCAGAUGCACCACUCUGAGCUGUUGGCCGAGGUGGACCGCAGUGAGUUUGAGCAGUAUUUGAGUUCCUCUUCUGCGCGUGCGGACAUGACAGGCUUGCCCUACGGGCCACACGAGGCUGGCAUGCAAGGACCUGAAAGCCUCAUAUCAUCGGUGCUGUCAGACGCCAGCACAGCUGUGUAUUACUGUAGCUACAACAACUCCUAACCUCCUGCCUGGCCCGUUACCCCGCUGCAAGGACACAUGAUCUGACCUCAAAUCUCUGUAGCUAAAUUUGAACAAAAAUGUUUUUAUUUUUUUAAUAUUUUUUUUUCACUACUGACAGAGAAAGCCCAUGAGAUUAUAAAAUGCAGCUUUGUAGAAGACGUUGUACUGUAUCUGUGUAAGAACAGUUAAAAUAAAGCCAUAGAAUAUUUUAACACUGGUUUUAACUUUCUCUCUUGCAGGGAUAUGAAUUCAUUUUGUGAUAAUAAAUAUUGUACAGUCACUAUUUUAAAGUUUAUGUAUAUACUGAAGGUGUUUUUAUACUUUUUGCACUUUUGAAAAAUAAAUUUUUUGCAAAUAGA